UAGCGAGAAUAGUUUUUUUUGUUACACUAUUAUGUGUAUAAAAGAAAACGUGAAAUCAAAAGUAUUGGCGUGUGAAGAACAAGAAGUAAAACAUGUCUGACGAGGAACACCAUUUCGAGUCCAAAGCUGAUGCUGGAGCAUCCAAGACAUAUCCACAACAAGCUGGAACCAUUCGCAAAAAUGGUCACAUUGUUAUCAAAAACAGACCCUGCAAGGUUGUUGAGGUUUCAACUUCAAAAACUGGGAAACAUGGACAUGCUAAGUGUCACUUUGUUGCUAUUGACAUCUUCACUGGCAAAAAGCUUGAAGAUAUUGUUCCUUCUUCUCAUAACUGUGAUGUUCCUCAUGUCAAUCGUACUGAUUACCAGCUUAUUGAUAUCUCAGAGGAUGGAUUUGUGAGUCUGCUGACUGAGAGCGGUGGUACAAAGGAUGACCUUAAGCUUCCGUCCGAUGAUAGUCUGCUUUCGCAGAUCAAGGAUGGAUUCAACGAAGGUAAAGAUCUGAUUGUGUCUGUCAUGUCUGCCAUGGGCGAGGAGCAGAUUUGUGGCCUCAAGGACGUUGGUCCUAAGUAAUAAAUCCAUGAAUGCUGUUUGGAAUUGCUUGAAUUUGAGACAAUAUAUUCAAUAUUUCUGUGUGUUUUCUGUGUAAAGAGAUUAAUCUAUGGUUGAGUUUAUUGAGUCUUUGACCACUUAUUUUUUGUGGUCUGAGAUCAAUUCUAGAACCAUUAAGACUGUUUUAUGUGUGAAAGUCUGUGACAUUUAAUCAUGUGUUUCUCUAUAAGACCCUAAUGUUUCUCCUA